AUGUGCGCCAGUCCAAUAAAGUCGAAAAGCAGUUCGUCAGAUGCAUCAUCAAACAAUCAACAAACGCCAGAAGUAAUGAACAGUUAUGGAAGAGGAUAUGGUUAUGGAAGAGGAUAUGACGAAGGUCCUAGAAGUCCUGUCAAAGAGAAUGGAUUUAGGCAUCUGUCUACGGCUUUUCAAAAGCGUUUCUUUGAUCAUCCAUUAUGCAAGACACGUCCAAAUGGCCGACAUGCAAUGGGUGAAUGUCUUAAUAAAUGUUUACUAUGUCUCGACGGUAAAGGUACUGAGGUGAGAUGCGCUAACAAUCACGUCUUUGAUGAGCAAAAGAAGAGAUGUGUCCCCAUUCGAGAGCAUCAAAAGUGUUUCGCAGCUGCGCAGAAGCAAUCGACUCCAACGGAAAUUGCAACCGAA